AUGUCUAAUGAAAUUGAUAGCAUAGUCAACGGUGAUAUAGAUCUUUACGAAUUUCUAGAGAUAGACCCAACAUUUGAAGAAAGUGAAAUUAAACGUCAAUACAGACGAAAGGCUUUACAAUACCAUCCUGAUAAAAAUCCUAGUGAAGAUGCUGCUAAGAAGUUCCACUUUCUAUCACAAGUAUAUGAAAUAUUAUCCAAUGACAAAUUAAGAUACAAUUAUGAUAGGAUACGGCAACUCAAAAUUAACAAAAUAGAGAGACUGAAUAAAUUAUCUGAACAAACUAGAGCCUUCAAAGAAGAGUUGGAAAAGGCUGAAAAAGAAUACAAAUUUAAUAAUUCCAAUGUAUUUGAUAAUACAAAUAAGGAAUUUGUUCAAAGAAAAAUAUGGGAAAAUAAUUUAGAAAGGUUAAAAGAAGAAGGUUUAAAAAAGCGUAGAGUUCAUGAAAAGGAAAUAAUUGAGCAGUCUGCUUCAGGUAUUCAACAGACCAAGAGAUAUAUAUCUUUUCAUGAUCUACCGCUUAAAUUAGAGAAAAUAUCUAUCUUGAGGACCCUAGAUGAAGAUUGCAUUGAUUCCAAAGGCAAUCAAAUGACAAAAACCAUUGUCAGAUGGAAGCAUAAGCCAGAACUAAAAGAGUUGAUAACACCGGAUAUAUUGCAAGAUAUGAUGAUAAUAUUUGGUCCAAUAAAAAACACAAAAAUAAUUCCAAAUACUAAAAAUUCCAGAUACGACUCAGGAAUAGUGGAAUUUGAAAACUCUAAGAGUGCUGAGAAGGCUGUUAAUCAUGACUACAAGAAAAGUGCCACUCUCUGGGAUGGAACGAAAGUCAGAAAGUUGGCUAGUUUAUUGAGAGAAUGCAAGUAUGAUACCCCUACGGUGCCUCCUGGUGAUACAGAAAUGGAUUCAAUUAGUCUGGAUGAAACUCAAAAGAUUAGGAGAUUGAUUGCUAAGCUGAACAAGAUGACAAACUUUAACCCUCCUUCAAAAUAUGCCAUUCAGAAUGUUUCUUUAAAGUCUGACACAUAUAUGGAUCAGAUUUUGAAUAACUUUGUUUUAAAAGAAGCUAGAAAUGAAGUCUAA